CCAGAGGGCUGGCCUGGAGGAGGGACCAUUAGUGGGAGGCACAGGCUGGGUGCUGCUGUCGCUGCAGGCUGAGCCCCCUUCCUGGAGGGGACACCUGGACAUCGAUCCUGCCACCAUGACACUACUGCGUUGGAGCCGGCCCUGCUGAGCCCAGAGAUUAUGGUCUGGCCCUUCCGGCAGCAGAGCCCUCCCCGAGGCUGCCAGCACCAGAGCUCGUCCCCUGGGAGGGGCCCAGCUGCUGCCCCCAUAGCCGCAAUCAGCAGCCCCCUCCACACCAUCACUCCAUCCCGUCCCUGCACACAGAACAGCCCCCCAGCCUUGGAGUCACUCGAGUGCUGGCAAAGAGGGAUCAGGGGCUCCAGGGAGGGGUGGAAGAGAGGCUUGUGGCUGGGAAGUAACAGGAUGAAGUCCUGGCUUGGACUGCUGAAGAUGAUGGGCUGAGCACCAUCACAGAGGCAUCACAGGGCCAUGAGCUUGCCGUGUACUCCUAAUUCAGACAUCGGAGACUGGCUGGCCAUCAUCCAUCUGGAGAGAUACCGGGACCUUUUCAAGCAGCAUGGAUUCCACCUGGCCCGAGAUGUCACUGCUCUGGAUAAUAAGCAGCUGCAGCAGCUUGGCAUCACAGCCACCGGGCACCGCAAGAGGAUCCUGAACCUGGCUGAGAAGACACAUCUGCUUGGGGACCCCCAUCCCCGAGCUCCCCAGAUGGGUGAGGAUGCUACAAAAGCAGAACCAGGAGUGGCAGCUGAUGCCUUUGGGAUGCAGCAAUGCAGUCAAGCUGUGGCUCCACAGAAGGACCUGGAUCCUCCACUGGUGAGGCCGGUUCCCAAGCCGAGGACGGUUUUCUAUCGCCCCAAGUUGGAGCAGGGCUCAGCAGCCACACCACCAGCACACAGCCCAGACAGGGACAGGACAGCUGGAGCCUUUGUGGUGCUGGAAGGCUUUGUGCCAGGGGAGAGCUCCACGGAUCUGGAGAGCCCGGGGUCAACCAUGGGCACAGGAACAUCCCAGCUGGGUGCACGGGAGGAGACAUGGCUCCCCACAGUCCCAGACUAUGGAGAGACACAGGAGACACUGGAGAAGCCCUGCCUGUGUGUCCCAUCUGUGCCACCACGGCUCAGACACAGGGUCCCGGUGGCCGAGCUCAGUGCUGUGAGCACGACAGGCAAACCAGCCUCAGUGCCAGGUGUGGGACAAGGCAGGAUGGAGAUGGUCUCCAAUGUCAUCUACGAGGGGUUCAAGCCACCACUGGCACCUGUGGAGGACUCGGGACAACAGGACAGUCCCCGGGGCCAAGCUCUCACACAGGAUCCAUCCUCAAAGGAUCUGACACAACUGGCCGAGAAGCCAAACAGGGCCAGCUGGCAUGGAGGGGGUCUGCCCCCCAUCCCACAGAGACCUGCCAGCAAGCCAGAGCUCAGCGAGCCGCUCAUCAGCCCAUACAGUGAGACCACCUUUGGGAACAUAGUCCCAGCCCGGGAGCAGAAGGGCACAGAUGUUUCUUCUGGGCAGGGCUAUGAAGCAGUGACUGAGCCGGAGCUGGAGCAAGAAACACAAAGGACAAGCAGUGAAUACAGCAGUGAGGGGAGGAGUGAGAAUGAGGAGACACGGACCAGGCUCAUCGAGCGCAUCGCCCAGAAUGACACAGAGGGAUACUCCACUGUGGAUGCUCCACGGGCCAAGGGCACCCCGUUCAGCCUGCCACCCCACCUCUACCCCGACGAGGUCCUGGAUGACUUGACCAUCUCUCCCUACGCAAGCUACACCUCACUGUCUGAGCCCCGGCCUGCCAUGCUGAGCGGUUGGUUGGACAAGCUGUCCCCACAAGGGAACUAUGUCUUCCAGAGGCGCUAUGUCCGCUUUGAUGGGAAGAACCUGAUGUACUUCAGCAGUGAGAAGGAGCCCUACCCCAAAGGUGUGAUCCCACUGUCCGUCAUUGAGAUGGUUCGCUCCACCAAAGACAACAAGUUCCAGGUCGUCACCAGCCACCGGAUCUUUGUCUUCCGUGCUGAGAAUGAGGCCCAGAGGAAUGAGUGGUGCUCCACACUGCAGCAGAAGGUGAUGAAUCAGCACCUGGUGGGCACUCGGCCACGGCCACCCAACACGGCUCACUGCCAGAAGUCGGGCACCCUGGAGCUGAAAGGUCAGAAGUCCAAAGUGUUUGCAGUCCUCAGCCUGCCGGAGAUGUGGCUUUACAAGAGUGAGCAGUUCUUUAAAAUGGGCAUUGGCAUCUGCAUGAUUGAGAUGCGUGGCUCCACCAUCCGUGAAGCCAAGAACCGAACCUUCGAGCUUAUCACCCCAUCCAAGAUAUUCAGCUUUGUGGCAGAGUCAGAGCGGGAGAAGCGGGAGUGGAUGGAGGCCCUGCAGGAGGCCAUAGCCGAGACGCUCUAUGACUAUGAGGUGGCAGAGAAGAUCUGGUCCAACAAAGCCAACAGAUACUGUGCAGACUGCUGGGCUCAGAACCCAGACUGGGCGUCCAUCAACCUCUGUGUGGUCAUCUGCAAGCAGUGCGCAGGUCAGCAUCGCAGCCUGGGCUCCAACAUUUCCAAAGUGCAAAGCCUGAAGCUCGACACCAGUGUCUGGUCCAAUGAAAUCGUGCAGCUCUUCAUUGUGCUGGGCAAUGACCGAGCCAACAGAUUUUGGGCUGCCCACAUCCCUGCCACAGAAGUCCUCCAUCCAGAUGCCAGCACUGAGCAGAGACGGGACUUCAUCUCCCGCAAGUACCGGGAUGGGAGGUACCGCCUGCCCCAUCCACACUAUGCCUCCCACGAGGAUGUACUUCAGGCGCUGUGCGCUGCAGUGGCAGGACCAGGUUUGCUCAAGACCAUCCUGCAGUUCUUCUCUGCUGCAGAAGCUGGGCUGGCAGCUGACUCCGCAGCCCAUGAAGUAGCCCCAGCUGCUGAGCCAUGGUGGGACUUGGAAAGCAAAAGGAACCAUGCAGGGGUACCAGGUCCGGAGGGUGUAUACAAUGAGAUCACACAGCCAGUGGCACACAGUGGGUACCUGCAUCGGUUUGUGGCCCACCCCCGCCUCCCAGGUGCCAAGAAGAACAGAGAGGACUUCCAGCGUGUCUGGUGCUCAUUGGAGAGAGCCCUACUCAUCUUUGAGACAGAGAAAUGCACUGAGCCUCUGAGCCACAUACAGAGUGGGGAUCUGCUCUCCCUGGGCGUGAACAGAGCCCAGCCUCUCUCCAGCCCUGGUCCCACUGAGAGGUUUCAAUUCACCCUCGAGCUUUUCCUCACUGGGGAAAAAGUGCAGCAACUGGGGGCCGACAGUGCUGAUACACUGCAGGCAUGGGCCAGCGCCAUUGGAAAGUGGUUCACUCCUGUGAGCUGUCACUGUCUGCUUGGCUAUGAGUUCCAGCGUGUGGGCCAGCUGCGUUACAAGUGCAUGCUGAAUCCCGAGUGCUGGCAGCGAGCUUUCUUCAUCCUGCAGAAAGCCCACCUGUUCAUCUGCCCUGCUGAGGAGGAUGGGGCUGAGGACAGCAUCAACCUGCGGCGGCUGCAGGAGCUCAAUCUGGUGCCCCCUGCAGAAACGCCGGAGAAGAAGGAGAUGCUGGUGUUGGUGGAGAUGGGGAGGACAUUUUACCUGCAGGGCCUGUCGCGGGCAGACACGGCAGCCUGGUAUGCUGACAUCCAGGCAUCAGCAGGGGGCCGGGGCAACGCGCUGCGGGACCAGCAGCUGAGCCGUGGGGACAUUCCCAUCAUUGUGGACAGCUGCAUCGCCUUCAUCACGCAGUAUGGGCUGCGCCAUGAGGGGAUUUACCGCAAGAACGGAGCCAAGUCCCGGAUCAAGGUACUGAUGGAGGAGUUUCGACGGGACGCUCGCAAUGUCAAGUUGCGCAUCAGCGAUAACUUCAUUGAGGAUGUCACUGAUGUGCUGAAGAGGUUCUUCCGUGAGCUGGAGGACCCCGUCUUCACCCUGGAGCUGCACCCACAGUGGAAGGAGGCUGCAGCAAUCUCCUCCAAGCCCCAGCGCCUGGAGCGGUACAAGGAGCUCAUCCAUCGCCUGCCUCGCCUCAACCGCAAGACCCUGGCCGCACUGAUUGGGCACCUCUAUCGUGUGCAGAAGUGUGCAGACCUCAACCAGAUGAGCACCAAGAACCUGUCGCUGCUCUUUGCGCCCAGCCUCUUCCAGACUGAUGGCAAAGGCGAGCAUGAGGUGAAGGUGAUGGAAGACCUCAUUGACAACUAUGUCACUAUCUUCAAUAUCGAUGAGGACCAGGUGUCCCAGAUGGAGCUGGAGAACAGUCUGAUCACCACCUGGAGGGACACCCAGCUCUCGCAGGCUGGGGACCUCAUCAUUGAGGUUUACCUGGAGCAGAAGCUGCCUGACUGCUGUGUGACCCUGAAGGUGUCUCCCACGAUGACAGCAGAGGAGCUCACCAACCAGGUGCUGGAGAUGCGCAACGUGGCAGCUAGUCUGGACAUCUGGCUGACCUUCGAAGUCCUGGAGAAUGGGGAGCUGGAGAGGCCCCUGCACCCCAAGGAGAAGGUUCUGGAGCAGGCGUUGCAGUGGUGCAAGCUGCCGGAGCCCAGUGCUGCGUAUCUACUGGUGAGGAAGGUCCCCAUCAGCGAAGGCAGCUGCCUCUUCACAGGUGCCAAGCGUGAGACCCCCAAGUGUGGGCUGCUGAAAUGCCGUGAGGAGCCCCCCAAGCUGCUGGGGAACAAGUUCCAUGAGCGCUACUUUGUCAUCCGCAACCGGCAGCUGCUGCUGCUCAAGGAGAAGAGGAGCGCUAAACCAGAACGUGAGUGGCCACUGGACGUAGCCAAGGUCUACAUGGGCAUUAGGAAGAAGCUGAAGCCACCAGCACCGUGGGGCUUCACGCUGAGCAUGGACAAGCAGCAGCUGUACCUGGUGUGCACGGGGCAGGCGGAGUUGUGGGACUGGAUCACCAGCAUCCUCAAGGCUCAGCACGAUGACCUACGCCCCGUCAUCAUGCGCCGUCGCUCCUCCUCUGACCUCGCCAAGCAGAAAUUCGGCACCAUGCCACUGGUGCCACUACACGGGGACAGCACUGAUGCCACCAUGCUCUCUGCCAACCAGACCCUGCGCCGUCUGCACACACGAAGGACUUUGUCCAUGUUUUUUGUGCAUCAGGACUCCCUGGAGGAGCAGCAAGAGAAGGAGAUGGACACCGAGCCCGUCUAUGAGGAGGUGGGCAACUUUCCUGAGCUGGCCACGCUGGAGCUGCAGCGGGGGCUGCUGGCGGACCCCUCACCUGAACCCAGCAUGGACAGAUCCCAGAAGCCAUCCUCAUCCCAUGGGCAGCCCCCAGCCCCUACGCUGCGCUCCUCACUGCCCCCCAACCCAGCACAGAGGAUGCCAGCUCCCUCUGUCACCAAGGCUGUGUCCCUCGAACGGGGCUUGAACCUGGAGUGUGACAAAGCCCCAUCCAGUGGGCUCAGAGCCACCCUGACUGCCUCUCUGGAGAGAAACCUGGAGCCACCCACAGUGCUGGCCAGGGACCAGGAGCAGGCUGCAGUGCUGGGGUACAGCUCCAGCCCCGAGACCUCCAUUAGCACCAAGAAGAGGAGCGCACAGCCAUCUUCACCCAUCAGCGACAAACUCAUCCAGGAGCUCAGCAGCAUCAUCCUCAAGAAGAGUGAUGGCCAGACACAAGGGACGGGGACAGGGACAGGGUCAGGCCAGACAGUGACAUGAACUGGAGUGGCCACCGACCUGGCAGCAAUGACAGUGUCACAGAGUGGGCAUCCUCCUCCCGGCCUCACCCCGGGGCUGGGCUGGGAGUGGGGACAGACAGACAGGAACCACGCAUGUCUGCAUGUGUGGGCAGCACAUCAGCCACCGCUGUCGGUAUCAGCGCCGAGGGAAGCGAGUCAAAGGAAAAGUAAAAGCAGAACUGCAGUGCUCCUGUCGUGGGCUGAGGACACACAAUGUCAGAGACAUGGGGUACGCAGGGUGAAGCUAUCACUGUGUUGCUCUGCCCAGUGUCCUCUUCCCAGCCCCACUUCCAUUGGGCAAGGCACCCAUUUGCCCCUGCUGUCCCUUCUUGCAUACAUCACAGUGUAUUUUGGGUGGUCCCCAGCAGCAGAGCUGGCCAUGUGUGCACGGUGCUUGGUCCCGGCGAUGGAGGAUGGCUCCUGCUUAUUUGGGGUGUUUACACCUGCUCCUUCCAGCAUCAGGGAGAAAUAAAGGUUUAUUUGGAUUCUAA